CCUUCUUGGACUAGUACUCCUCUUCAUACGUUCUCUUGGCCUGUAUUUCCGUGCCGCAUGGUCCGGCUGGCGGCGGUGCUUGGCCUUGGCCUUGGCGUCUUGGCCACUUGGCAGAUGGGACGAGCUUGGGAACGAAGUCCUUGGUCCCUCCGCUUCGGGUCGUACCGUGAGCGUCCUACGCAGAGAGACCGAAGCCGGUCGCGCGACCACGUGGACGAGACCGAAGGGCCGGAAGUGGAUGCGAGCAGCACGAGCUUAGCUGUUGCAGAGACAUUCUCCUCCAUAGCAGAAGCCAAAGCAGAAAGCCAAAGCAGAAGUACUUCGACAGAAGGCACAAGCUCCGCUUUUGCUUCGACAGGCAGCACAAGCUCCACUUUUGCUUCGACAGGCACAACUUCAGUUGAACCGAUAGACAGCAGAAGCUCCGCGGUCACUUCGACAGGCAGCACGAGCUCCAUUUUUGCUUCGACAGGCAGCACAAGCUCCACAAGUACUUCGACAGGCACAACUUCAGUUGAACCGAUAGACAGCAGAAGCUCCGCGGUCACUUCGACAGGCAGCACGAGCUCCAUUUUUGCUUCGACAGGCAGCACAAGCUCCUCCACAAGUACUUCGACUGACAGCACCACUGUUACACGUACUCCAGGUUCAACGACGCUUCUUCCAUUCACCUCAACCACUUCCGUGGCUGCUCCAUCCACUCAACCCUUCCCCUCAGUCACCGGACAACUUCACUCCCCGCUGGCGGCGGUGAAGAGGGCCGAAGGAGCCCGGCCGAACAUCGUUUGGAUCAUGGCGGACGACUUGGGCUGGGGUGAAGUGGGCUUGUAUCCUUCCAAGUCCAAGCACGGGCGCAUCCGAACGCCGCACUUGGACCGUUUUGGUCGAGAGGGCAUGAUCUUCCGGCAAGCCUAUUCGGGAUAUUGUGUCUGCGCACCGAGCCGUAUGGCAUUUUUUACUGGCAGGCAUAGUGGUCGCUUUAGCAGCAUGCGAGUGGAGGGGACCUUCUUGAGACCUUUUCAGAAUAUCCGGAUCUUUCCCCAGGUCCUUCAAUCGGCUGGGUAUGUGACGGGACUCUUUGGAAAGGCCUCGCCCUUGAAAUUGCCCUUGCGACAGGGCUUCAACCGAUUCGUUGGGCAACUGCACCAGGGACUCUGCCACAAUAUGUAUCCCAAGUACAUCGACGAGGCUGAAGGGGAAUUGAACUUUCCACUGUCUGGGAAUGUUCAGGAGAAAUCCCGUGAACUUUGUAUGGCCAAUCCUGAGAGCUACAACUACACCAUUGAUGUGUUUCAUACUGCUGCACUUGCUUGGCUAGAAGAAGUCUCGAAAGGUCCGGCGCCGUUCUUCUUGUACAUGAGCUACACCAUUCCACAUGCCGGCGGCUGGGCUGAUUCUCCUCUCAUGCCCGAGACGGGGCAACCGGUGCCGGUUGACAUGGGUUAUGGGAGCAAUGGGAGCGCCUGGCCGGAGGUGGAGCGCGAUCAUGCCGCGGUGAUUAGCUACAUGGAUUUGAAAGUUGGCGAGUUGAUGAAGCAGCUGAAGGACUUGGGCAUUGAUGAUCAGACCAUUUGUCUCUUUGAAAUACCUAUUGAGUGUGAGUUGUUUGUGUUUAACACUUGCUGAAAUGAUGGCUUAAAACCUCCACAGUCUUGCUACGGGCACCGCAGAGAAUCCCCGUUUGAGCAGAGAAACAGCAUGUGAAGUCUGCGAUGUAAGAUGAUGUAAGUUCGCCGCGUAGCUAUCAAUCCCCAAAUAGAUUGGAUUGCACGGUGUCCAACACAUGUUGAGUGGGGAUCUACUAUUUUCUAUUUAUUUUUGGGGGGUCUAGAUAUACAUGUGCAAGUCAGGUGAUGCUCUUGGAGCCUUUAUUUGGUGUCUUUUCUUCGACGCGGGCGCGAGAAAACGCCACCGCCCACCGCCCUGUCCCGCGUGCGGUCAACGCCCACGACGCCCACUCCGCCCACCGCGCGAGGUUUCUUCGCCUCAGAUAACGGUGCCCACUCCGAGGGAGGCCAUGCGAUCGCCUUCUUCGACUCCACCGGCGGCUUGCCCGGCCACAAGGGCGGCAUGUACGAGGCCUCGGUGCGCAGUCCCAGCAUGGUGCGUUGGCCCACGUGGAUCGCGGAGAACCAGACGUCGGAGCUGCCCUGGGCCUUCUGGGACGUCUUUCCCACCGUGGCGCAGUUGGCAGGUGUGAAAGUGGAGACGCCCAUCGAUGGCAUCAGCAUUUUGCCGGAACUACUCCGAUCGAACGACGCUGCGAAGGAAGCAGUGGACAUGGAAACGGCGCCGCCACUGGAGCGGUAUUUUUACUUUACAUGGCGGGGUGAUGGCGGUCGUUUCAAGCCCAUCAAGGAUCCCUUCAUCAAGCGCAACGGUCCGGGCUACACGAUCCGUUGGGGAAAUUGGAAGGGCAUGGUGCCACAUUGCUGGGAUCAAGAUCUCUUUAAGCCAACACGAAGGGACCGCAUGCGGCUUUUUGAUUUGAAGGCGGAUCCGUUGGAAACCACCGAUGUGGCCAAGACGAAGCCCGAGAUCGUUGAACUCUUGAGGAAUCUGGUGCUCUCUCAAAAUCUCAGUUGUCUUUGCUAUCAAUGCCCCUGGCCCAGAAAGCCUCGGAGAACAGGUGCCAACAAGACGCACUCAAGCGGAGGAAGC